AUGGCUGCUUCCGCAACCAGAUGCAGACCAUCAAGCCCUGCUGCGCUUCAACACGUGCUCUCUUGUAACCCUGCACCCCAAGCUGACAUCCUUUCUCAGUGGCCGGAAAGGACAUGCCCUGAACCUUCCAACCAGGGAGACAGAGGUAUCGAUGCGUUGCUGAACGGCACGAACCAGUGGGAAACGGAUGGGCGGCCAGAUCACUUUCUCUUUUUGGAUUUUGGCGUUGAAGUUGACCUGUCCCACGUGCAGCUCCGCUGCACUGGUACGCGCUACGACCCAAAGAACGUCACAAUUUUACGGGGCGUUGCUGGGAUUACAGACGUCAUCACCGAGCAUCUGAACCUGUCGCGUGAGGCACAGCGGGCUCCUGAUGCAGUCGCAGUCAAAGCAAGUUCCCUCUUGACCAAGGGCACGUGGGCGGUCGUGAAAAGAGCGAGUUUGAAGUCCGGUCCAGAUGGCCGUGACAAGCAUGCGCACACGUUACGAGUGCAUGGUGCACAAGCCC